AUGAUUUGUCUAUCAUUGGUACUGGUUCUGCUGGUCAGCAGCAGCCAUGGACAAGUUCUCAAUAAUACAGCCAUGGAUAUCCAGUAUCCGCAAGGGUUCGAACCUGCGGCGCUAACAUGGAUGAAGCCAGAUGGCUGUGCUGUACAGUCCAUGCCAGGGGAAGUGGAGGUCACGUGUUCACUUCCCUCUGGAGUAGUAGUGGUGACAGUGUCUGCGAACAGCGUUUCAUUGCGGUGUGAGGAUAAAACAUUCUCCUGCAAAGAACUAACAGAAGUGCACUCACGCAUAAGCAACCAUUCAGCCAAGCCCAAUAUACGAGUACUGGCAAUCGACAACUGCGUGUUGCCAGAUGAAGAAAUAUCGUGUGUGCUCGGGGCGAAGGACGCCAAGGUCCUAAUGUUUAAAGAUCUGAAAAGCAAUUUAACACAGCGCCAUCUAGCGGGGUUGGAAGACGUCACAGAUUUCCAAAUACGCGGAUGCUAUAACACAAUGGAGAUUCCCUAUGAUGCAUUAUCAACAUUACCAAAUCUUAACCGUGUGUUUAUAAAGGACGCAGCGCUGCAUCUCACGAACGAAACUGGCGCCAUCUUGACAAUUAAACGUCUAACAUUACUCGAUAUUACAUUGAAUUCAAUGAUACCAGAUGGCGCUUUUAAAAGGACGCCAUAUUUGAAUGAUUUGAUGAUUCUUGGUCAAAGACCUGGUCUCGAAAUUGAUGAACAUGCUUUUGAUGAUCUACCUCAAUUAGUGAAUAUUAGUUUGAACUCAAAUAAUCUUCGUUUUCUUCCGGAGAAAGUAUUUUCUAAAAAUAAACUCCUAGAAAGUAUUGAAUUGUAUGGAAAUUCGUUGGAGACGCUACAUUCGUCCGUCUUCAGUGGCCUCACACGACUGACUGAGGUAAAAAUGUUCAGAAACUCACAAAAUGUAUUAUUCAAAGUUCAAGAUGGCCUUUUUUCAAAUCUACCCUCAUUAAAACUUGUUGACAUUCACGAUACACGUUUAAGCCAUGUACCUGAAGAUUUAUUCUUAAAUAGUACCAACAUUAAGAUGAUAGAUAUGUCUGCCUGUGAAGUAAAAACUUUGCCUGAAAAGUUGUUCCUUAAUUUGAAUUUGGAAUCUCUUGACUUAAGUAUAAAUGAAAUUGAGGAAUUACCUUCAAAAGUGUUUUAUGGACAGUACAAACUAAUCGAAUUAAAUCUAAAUCGAAACAAGAUAAAAGUGCUGCCAGACGGUAUAUUUAGUUAUUUAACGAACCUGAAGGUUUUUAAUAUGGGAAGAAAUAAUAUUGAAGAUUUGAAUGACUAUGUAUUCGAGGAUUUAUCAAAUUUAGAAGAGCUGUAUUUAAAUAAUAACAAAAUCACAAGCCUAAGAUAUACAACCUUUAAUUCAUUGCGACAUCUGAAGGUUCUGUCUCUCUCGCGCAACUCAAUAGUCCAGUACUCGGAAGCGGUUCCAUAUCUCUUGGACCUUCUCCGUUUAGAUUUAAGCCACAACCGUAUAACCACGGUAUAUGAUGUGUGGUUCACGCUGGUGUUCUUGCAGGAUUUGGAUCUAUCGCACAAUUCUAUCACCGAUUUGGACCGUAUAAACUUUGACAACAGAACACGCGUGGACCUACGGUACAACAACAUUACAUAUGUCGACCUAAUACUACAACCCGACCUUUCACCCGACUCGUUGCCCGAUCUGUUGCUCGACUACAACCCAUUCAGUUGUAACUGUUCCCUAUAUGCCUUUAUUACUCUCGCCAGCAACAAAUCAUUUACACGCAUACAUAUAAACGACGCAAAAUGUUCUACCCCGACCGAGUUGUCUGACUACAAGUUGACCGACCUGUCGGUGGAUAUGUUGACCUGCGAUUAUCCGUUUUGCCCUGACGGUUGCAGUUGCACCGAAAGAAUCGCAUUGAAACAAGUCGAAUUUAACUGCACUUCACUGCCCCGAUUCCAGGAACUUAGCCGUUCGUCACCUGACACAGUCUUGCGAUUAGAAAAGUACACACAUAUUAAUGGGUUACCACCGUACGUGAAGCUUUUAAACGUCUCAGGGUUAAAUAUAACAGACUUCGGACCGGUGCUUUUUAAUCCAAUUGAAAUCGAUUUGAGCGACAACGCCCUUAUCGCCGCUCCUCAGUUAUUACACGAAAACGUUACCCUUAACCUCCUUAACAACCCGCUAAAAUGCGAUUGCGAGCACCAAGACAGCGUGAAAUUAUUAAAGAAAUUCAAUAAAAAAGUAAAAUAUUACGCGAAAUUAACGUGCGAGAACGGUGACUAUAUCGAAACGAAAGACAUUGAUCAAAUUUGCUCCUUAAAGAGUCAAGUGACCUACAGCCUGAUAGCGUUGGCUGCCGUGUGUGUCAUUGGAGUUGCGAUAUUUUUGGCGUACAGAAACGUUGUUCUCAUUCGUAUUAUAUUGAGAAAGUACGGCUUCCAGUUGUAUACAGAUUUAGGGGAUUACGACUAUGACGCGUUUUUUUCGUUCGCGCAGGAGGACGAUGCCAUCGUUCAAGAGAUCGUUAAGAGCCUGGAAAGUGGGUCGCAACCGCUGAAAUUGUGCGUGCACUCACGCAACUGGAUCCCCGGCGAAAUGAUAGUCGACCAAAUCGAGCGAUCGGUCGAGCGAUCGCGUUGGACGAUCAUUGCCCUAUCGCACAGUUUUAUUAAAUCCUACUGGGCGAGAAUCGAAUAUUUGACUGCGCACAGCAAAUCCAAACUGCUAGUCUUGAUUUUAGAUGAUGUGCAUGAAUCGGAAACGCUCAGUCCAGAAAUUAAAUUGUACAUUAAGUCAACUACGUACACGCAUUACUCGAAUCCGUACGCCGUUGAACGACUGCGGGACGCUGUCUUGAGACAGCCCAAAUGGCCGGGGUUGGUUGGAAAGAAAAAGGAUGGCGAAAAAGGGAUAACGGAAGAAGGUAAGUUAAAAGGGGCGCUGGAUGUUCAGAUCAAUGUUGAUGGCCAGUUGGUGAAUCAGGGAGAGGUUAAGAAGUUUUAG